AUGAAAACUAAUGUUCUCCCAAACCGUCUAUUCGCUGAUCACCAGGAGCCAGUCGGUGACCGAGUGAAUUCGUACUUCAAGCUCGACACAAUCGAUGUUAUCUUAAAAGCCUUCACACCAAAUGAACUAAGCGUCAUUCGGCCUUGUUUUGGGAAAAUGAUCGACAUGUAUCACAAACCUGCUCACUCUAGCAAACUCGCUCACUUUCUGCUAACCUGGCAGUUGAAGACGGAGAAAAGGCACGAGCUGUGGUUCAUUUUUGGCGAUGAAAACGUCACCGGCGAGAAGCUGGAGGUGAUGCUUAGGCACUCGAAAAAUAUUUCGAGCGAGCUGAAGGUGAAAUACGCAUAUCUCCUCAUCGUUGAUGGGCUGCUUUGCCGUAAAUCCUCAGGCAUGAAGAUCCCAAAAGAUCAUGCGGAGAUGAUUCGAGACCUAUGUUAUUUCCUCAGCUUCCCUUGGAGGCAGCACUGCCUCGAAAUGACUGUUCAGUGCAUCAAAUCCCGCUCUACCAAUCAGCUAGCACAGCCCACUGUAGCUGUUCAGGGUUUUAUACAUACGGUCCAGAUGGUACUCCUGGAGGCGGUUCCCGCAGCGCUGAUGACGAUGGGGGAAGAAAAUGGGAGUGAGUCAGAGGAGGAAGAGUGUGUUAUGGCCAGCACCCUCAAACUAGAUAAGCUGUGGAAUCUCGAUUCAUCGGGACAGUUAUAUCCUUUAUAA